UGGAGGAAAUGAUGGAUUACUUUCUGGAAGUGAAAAACAAACUAUGCAAAAUCUAAAUGACCGCUUGGCCUCAUAUUUGGAUAAGGUCCAUGCUUUGGAGAAGGCAAAUUCAGACCUUGAGGCUAAAAUUAAGGCCUGGUAUGAAAAAAAUAAACCUGGCUCCAGCAGUUCAAAUGCCAAUGACUACAGCAAAUAUCUCAAAACUAUUGAAGAUCUUCGAACUCAGAUAGAAAAAGCAACCGUGGACAAUGCUAGUGUCAUUUUGGCAAUUGACAAUGCUCGUCUAGCAGCAGAUGACUUCAGAUUGAAAUAUGAGAAUGAAGUUCAUAUGCUCCAGACCACUGAGGCAGACAUCAAUGGUCUUAAAAAGGUCUUGGAGGACCUGACCAUGGGCAAGCCUGACCUCGAUUUGCAGAUUAAAAGCCUUACUGAAGAGCUGGCCGAUCUCAAGAAGAACCACGAGGAGGAAACCAAGUCUUCCCAUGGUACCACAGUUGGCCAAGUUAAUGUAGAAAUGCAUGCAGCUCCAGGGAAAGAUCUGACCAAGAUACUCAAUGACAUGAGAAAGGAAUACGAAGCUAUGGCAGAGAAAAAUCGCAAAGCUGCUGAGGAUUUGUUCAACAAAAAGAGUGGAGAAGUGAAGCAAGUGAUUUCUGCAGGGCAGCAGCAAGAGAAGUCACACAAGACCGAGAUUACAGAUCUGAAGCGCAGUCUGCAAUCAUUGGAAAUGGAAUUGCAAGCUCUUUUAGCAACGAAACAAUCUUUGGAGCAGACACUGACAGAAACUGAAAAUGACUUCUGCUCACAAAUAGCAAAGAUCCAGCAGUCGAUCAGCGGCCUGGAGGAGCAGCUUGAACAGAUAAAACACGACGUGGAAUGUGAGAAGUCUGAAUAUGAGACACUUCUGGAUAUCAAAGGCCGGCUAGAAAAGGAGAUUGAGACAUAUCAGAAGCUUCUGGAAGGAGGAGAUUCUCUGACUGGGAAAGAUGGAAAUUCUACUCAAGCUUCCCAAACUGGGCAGACCACAACACAUAGCCACAGCUCCACCCAUCAGUCUUCCAAUGCUUCAAUCAGUCAAAUUUCAAGCUCUGCUACUCCAGCUUCUCAUAGUUCAAGUUCAGGAGGUGCUGGCUCUGGCAGUCACAGCUCUAGUUCAACAUCAUCUUCUGGAAGUACACAUGGCUCUUCUGGUUCUGGUGGCCAGAGCUCCAUUUCUGGCUCUGGAAGUGCAACAACUAGUGGCCAAAGCUCUAGUGCAACAUCAUCUGGCACUCCUGGCUCUGGAAGUGUGAGUUCUGGUAGUCAGAGCUCUAGUGCAUCAUCAGCUGUUUCUGGAUCUGGUGGUCACAGUGGUACAGCAAGUUCAGGAAGUCACACUGCAUCUGUCUCUGGAGAGCCAGUCAAAACUAAGAAAACAAUAAUGAAGGUUGAAACAUACGUUGAUGGAAAAAUGGUGGACACAAAAACUGAAGAGGUCGUAGAAAAGAUACAUGGGUGAAUGAGGAAGAGAUGGGAAGAUACAGUGUUUCACUUUUUGGCAGCUAUUGCUAUGGGUUCUUAGCUUUGGGCUUUCUUCUACUAGAUAUAAAAGAUCACUGUUCUGUCUACAACCUUUAUGAAUAUACUACUGA